AUGCGUUAUUGCCCAAAUAUUCUUCUGUUACGUUUUAGAACGAUGGCAUCACUUGGCCGUGGAAAUACUACCAAUAAUGAAGCUGCGAGAAACGAUAACAAUUCAAAUAAUUUAGUACAUGGAAAUACAGAAAUUUCCACUGUUGAUCAACUAAAUGAACAAUAUCAAUUAAAUCAAAAUUUUGGUGAAAAUCCAUUGUAUGGUUCGUUACGUUAUAUUAAAAAAUACUAUAAACCAAGUCCAACAUGUUUUAAACGACAACUAUAUCAUCGUAUACCUUUUAUUGAAUGGAUACAAAAUUAUAAUCUAAAACAAUGGAUACUAUCAGAUAUUAUUUCGGGAUUAACCAUUGGAAUUGUGCAUAUUCCACAAGGACUUGGCUACGCAAUUCUGGCUGGUUUACCGCCUGUGACAGGUCUUUAUGUUUCCUUUUUUCCAGUUCUUCUCUAUGCUUUUCUUGGAUCAUCAAGACAUCUUUCAAUCGGUACAUUCGCUGUCACAUCAUUAAUGAUACUAGCGGCCAUAAAUAGUCGAAUUGGCACUCUAAUUCCACCAGACGAUACAACGAUCUCUUCAGCUUCUUCAAUUAAUACAACAUUUCCGAGCGGCACUUACGCUAAUCAGCUAUACGAAACAUCCGAACAGUUAGUAACUACCACCAUGACACGUUCGAGUACAUCAGCAUUAGAUACCCAUCAUUAUCUGAGUGAUAAACCGGAUGAAGCUAAAAUUAUGAUAGCAACAGCUCUCGCAUUCGUCGCAGGCAUUAUUCAUAUUGGAAUGGCUAUUUUACACUUUGGUUAUGUAACAGUUUAUUUAUCAGAUUCAAUUGUUCAAGGUUUUACUACUGGUUGUGCUAUACACAUAAUUACUAGUCAAAUACCACCGUUACUUGGAAUAAAAAUAAAAACAAUAGGAGGACAAUCAAAAAUUAUUAAGAAUUGGAUUGAAAUAUUCAAAAAUAUAAAGUAUUCAAAUGGUGCAACGGUGAUUAUCGGUAGUAUUAGCAUAGCGCUAUUUGCCGGUGUACGAGACCAAAUUAAUGAACGAUUUAAAAGCCGAAUGCCACUGCCAGUACCAAUUGAACUUAUUAUUGUUAUUCUUGGAACGGGAUUGUCGGCUGCGUUCAAUUUCGAUCGUAGAUGGAAAGUAGCAGUUGUUGGUACUCUGAGACUUGGUGGUUUUCCCAUUUGUGUUGCUCUGUCACGAUGUGCCGUUGUGGAAGGAACUGGUGGGAAAACACAGAUUGUUGGCAUAUUGGCGUCCAUUAUUGUUCUAAUUGUAAUAUUAGCCGUUGGUCCUGUUUUUCGGACACUUCCAAAUGCCUGUUUAGCUGCUAUUAUUGUUACAGCAAUGAAAAAUAUGCUGCUUCAAACAAAACAAUUGCCUGCUCUAUGGCGAACGAAUAAAUUAGAAUUUUUAGCGUGGAUGAUUACAUUUUCGGGCGUCGUUCUAUUAGAUGUUGAUUAUGGUUUAUAUAUUGGUGUUGUAGCAACCAUCUUACUAUUAAUUAUUCGUACUCAACGACCACAUGCAACAUCAUUAGGUUGUUUAAAAUCUGGUAUAUACGAAGAUAAAGGUGCGUAUCCCGGUGCUGCAGACAUUCCAAAUGUGAAAAUAUUCCGUUUUGAAGAAAAUAUUUAUUAUGCUAACAUUGAUGCAUUUAAAAAACUAUUUAUAAAAAAAAUUGAUUUUCAAGUGGAAGAUCAAUUGAAUUUGAUGAAUGAAGAACUUUUAUGUGUUGAACGUGAAUUCAAAGCUUCUACUCGUCAGGCUAGUAGGCCUAAUAAACAAUUGCAGUAUAUAAAACAACGUCUUCAAAGACAAGGUAGUAGUGCUAAUUCAUUAAAUAAUGAUAGAAAUAUGCUCAUGAAUGGAAGAGUAGCUAUGGAUGAUGUAAACUCGGAACAAGUGUUUACUAUAAACGAAGUAGGGAACAAUGUACAAGUGGAUGAAAUUCAAUUAGUCAAUCAAAUUGAGUUAAAGCCGAUUGAUAGAGAGAAGGAUAAAGAACAAAAAAUUGCAGAAAUUAAGAAAAAAUAUCGACCAAAGUUUGAAUUUGUUAUUAUUGAUUGUUCUCCACUGAAUUAUAUUGACAUAAUGGGAAUCAAAACUCUUAUUCAGGUAAGAAGCAUAGAUUUAAGGGAAAGCUCGGAUUUGUUUUAAAUCAUAGCUAAAGUCUGGCACUACAACUUAACAGAGCCCGAUUCUUCGAUUUCAGAAUUGACGUCAGAUGAAGAGAAAAUGUUUGAGAGUAGUUCAAUCAACAAAUUUAAUAUACCUGUGNAAAAUGUUUGAGAUCCUACACCCCAGUAAUUUCAUAUCGUGGCGUAAAAAUUCUGUAAAAAAUGAACUACAGAGAAAUUAAAAGAUCGGCCUCUGUUAAGUUGUAGCCCUACAUCUUAGCUACAUUUUAAAACCAACCUGAGCUCGCUAACGUUAAAAAUGGCAGAGAAAUCUGGGACGGACGAAGACCCAUUUUUGGACCUGAAUUGUGAGCUAGCUCUUGAUAGGUUUAAUAUCUCGAGCUGAAAUUUUUACUGUGAGGUCAUCAUACCUAGAUACACCAUCUCUGAAAGUUUCAUUAAGAUCGAAUGCUC